AUGGAUUCAAUUCUUCAAAGAUUCAAUGAAUCAAGAUCAGACGAGGGUGCGGAACCCAUAUUAAGGCAAAAGCUGACAUUUGACCGCAAGCCAAAUGAAUUUGCUUUGAGUUUUGAAAAGCGCAUGUAUGAGCGACAAUACUAUUUAAUGUAUCAACGCCGAUUGGAAGUUUUAAGGGAGCGGGUAACUAAGAAAUGCGAAGCAAAGUGGGACGAUGGUUUUAGACUUCGCGGUAAACUUGUGGUCAAAAAGAAUAAAGUUUUAGACAUUCGUGCUAGUGAGCCAUGUUGGUGUGUGGGUACAAUAUACUGUGAAAUGAAAUACAAGCCUAAUAUUCUCGACGAGGUUGUUAAUGAUGUUUAUGGUGCUCCAGACUUAGUUAAAAGCUAUACAGAUCCAGAAGGGACUGAUGAGAUCAUGUUGGAGGACGAAAGUGGGCGUAUAUUGUUGGUGGGUGACCUAGUAAAAAAAACUCCUUUUGUAAGCGGCACAGUUGUUGGCAUUUUGGGAAUGGAAGCAGAAGCUGGUACAUUCCAAGCCCUCGAUAUAUGUUAUCCUUAUCCUAUACCUCAAGCCCCACUGCCUUCAGUACCGACUAAAGGAAAAAUAGCCCUUUUGUCAGGUUUGAACGUGGUUCCAAACGACCCAGUUUUAUCUACGAAGCUAAAAGUACUGGAGGAUUAUUUGAGCGGCGAUAUAAUUGAUAGUAAGGAAGUAUCAAAGAUCGGGAGGCUCGUGAUUUGUGGUAAUUCUAUGCACCCAAGUAGCUCUUCUGAUCUUCCUGGUUGUCUAAAUGAGCUUGGAGGCUUUCUAGUUAAUGUUCUACGAACGAUUCCAGUUGAUAUCAUGCCUGGUGAAAAUGACCCUAGCGACAGAAGCCUUCCUCAACAACCAUUGCAUAAAGCAUUGUUUUCAGAUGUAUUAUCUGAUCAGCUUGAAAAUGUAGAAGAGUCACUUUUUCGACCUGUCACGAACCCCAUGUGGUUUGCGAUUAAUGGCUUGGAUUUGUUGGGUACUAGUGGUCAAAACAUUAAUGAUAUUUGCAAGUAUAUUAUACCAAAUUUCAACAAUACGGAUGAUUUAUCAGUGGAAGAGCAAACCAAUGCUAGAUUUCGCAUGAUCGAAGGAACCUUAAAAUGGCAGAACAUUGCACCCACAGCGCCAGACACUCUUUGGUGUUAUCCUUACCAAGAUAAUGAUCCGUUCAUUCUUGACAGAUGGCCUCAUGUUUAUUUUAUCGGUAACCAGCCUCAGUUUGCUGCGAGGGAUAUCAACUUGGGCGACGAUUUGAGAGUCAAGGCAAUCACUUUACCGGAAUUCAGCACGACCGGCCAGAUUGUAAUUUUGGACUUAGACACUCUUGAUACAGAAUUGAUUACAAUUCGUGCAUAA